UGCAGACAGAGUGGGAGAAGCUUCAUAAGCUCCGAAGCCCGAAGCUUAUGUUCAACAGCACAGGGCUAGUACAAAAUGGUUGACGUGCCUUGAAUGCAUGAUACAAAUUGGUAGAUGCAACAUUUUGUUUCCCGAUGAAGGAGCUAGAUAUAAUAAACCGUGUGUAACGCUAAUGGAUUUAUAGGAAUUAUUUUGCUUUAGAUUUCACUAUUGGGAAAUUAAGUAAUACAUUCGAUCGUCGGAAAUAAAAGAUGGAGAAACGGCAGGAAGUACAGGCUCCGUUUUCAUCUGACGAGUGUCCAAACAGUGGAGAAGAUAGCGAAGAAGAUGUAAUAACUGAUUAUUUGGGAUCAUCGCAUUCUGAUUGCGAUCGCAUACCUAUUAUUAAUGGAGACCUUGGUUGUUUGAGUUCACGUGAAAAUAUAAUUGCUGAAGUCAGCUACACCAAAGACAAUAUCGAGAAAACGGCUAUCACUAUGUCUGAAGGAAUCGACGAACAGCAGCAGCAGCAUACAUUGCUCGCAAUUGGCUCUAAUAUACAAUCACAGCCUAAUCCUUUGGUGCCAAUUAUUAGCGUCACACCACAUUCACCUGGUCUUGCCAAGAACUACCCUGUUCUAGAGGACAACUUGCAACAUUUGCAUGAAAUCCAUGAUUGCAUUCAACGUAUGAGAGAUCUGACACUGAGCAACUGGGGAUACAAUCAUCGCGCUUCCCACAGUGACGUACAGCAACGUUUAACUUCAUCGUGUCCUUCUCUGUGUCCUUUAAUUUCACCUGAAAUAGCACCACGUUCGAAUAAUAAUGAAACAGGAUCUGAUCCAGAUCUCCUUGCUAAUUGCUCCACUAAUAGUUCUCCUACACAUUUCCCACCGGUAGGCCCUCGUUCACAGAAUGCACAAGGUAUAGACAGAAGACGUAGCUGGACAGAUCUAGAAGAUACUCGAUGCGGGCGUCGCAGAUGCUCUGGACAAAAUCAUCUACAAGCACAAAACAUGCGACAACGCAGUAUUAGUUUAAGUAGCCUAGACAGUGAAAUGGAAAUAGAAUUACAAGGAAAGUCUUGUACCAGACCUGUAGGUGUUGGCAGUCGUGCAUGUAGAUCACAAGCAAGCACUCAUUCCCUUAACGAAGCUGAUCUUGUACAGAGUGAAUAUCAGAAGAUAGUUACAAAGCGAUUCAAAGGUAGUCAAAGAUUAGCAGAAAGUAGUGGUUUAAUGCCUGGUGUCACAGGUUCUCGUUUACCUCUUCAGAAAUCUAUAUCAACGCCUUCAAUUGUUACACCACAAAUUAAUGCUCAUUUAGCAGAAUCUGUAACUAGGACAACACCGUCACUCACGACCCGUCACGAAAGAAACGAAAAGGGUAGCGGAAGCGAGACCGAAACAGAGGAUCUUCAUACAACACAUAGCCACGAGUUUCACGAAGAUAGAGAAGGCACUCCGAAUGCUCAGAUAUCGCUUGACGAAUUAUUGACCGAUGGAGCAACGUAUGAUGAUCAAAAUUCUGAAAAAACUAGGAGAAAACGGGGUUCUAUAUUUUUCCGUAAGAAGAAGGAUAAGAGUGGUAAAAAAACUAGUCUACAGCAGCAUUUAUGGUCAACAAUAAUGGCUGGACCUCAGGGAAAUUUAAUAUGUGAUGCUUGUAUGAAACAAUCAACAAAUAAACAGCCUCUUCUACAUUGUGACAAUUGUGGAGUAUCGGUACAUCAGAGUCAAGGAUGUAAGGAUCAACUGGUACUGGAAUGUAUUAAAUCGAAGCACCAUUCUAGCAAGGCAUUAUCGAGUAGCUACAACGUUAAGAGAGGCUCUACGGCAUCGCUGCCUCUACCAUCUUCGUAUGGAAGCGGAAGGGAAAUUAACAGCAAGAAAACCGUGACAAGCUACAGCCCUUGGCGGCGAGUUGCCACUAAGCUCGGAGUCAAUCAAACGAUAAACGAAGAAAAGGAUGGGGACGGACAACAUCGUGACAUAUCGAGUGGUUGGGAAGAAUUUGAUAUCUGUGAUGAUACUCAUCAGUUUACCGUAGACGAUUUGGAAGGUGUGGAUCCUGAAUUGGGCCUAGGUAAAGAAGAACCUGAUUCCUGGAGUGCUGCCAUUGGGCAAAACAUCGCGUUGCGGCUUGUCGAUAAUUGCGAGCGAAAAGUAAAAAGACAAGAGCACAUUUACGAAUUUGUUCUUACCGAGAAGCAUCAUUGCUUGGUGCUCCUUGCUAUGGAAAGUAUUUUCGCGGAAGGUCUCCGACGUCACUUCCGUUUCGGCCAACCAGACCUGGAGCGUAUGUUUCCCAGACUCCGCGACCUCAUCGACAUUCAUUUACGAUUUUUGCAAAAGUUACGGAAGCGGCAAAAUGCAAAUCCUGUUGUUCCUACUAUCGCUGAUAUACUCGUUGAUCAGUUCGCCAGUGAAAAUGCGCAACGUAUGAAGAGUGCCUAUGGAGAAUUCUGUAGUCGUCACAGGGACGCUGUCGAGGCUUAUAAGUAUUAUUUCCGACACGAUCCUCGCUUUGCUCGAUUUGUACGGCAUUGUCAGUCGCACCCUCUACUAAAAAAGAAGGGGAUUCCCGAGUGUAUUUUAUUCGUUACCCAACGUUUAACAAAAUAUCCACUGUUAGUUGAACCACUUAUAAAAACUGGCAUUGUGCAAGAAGAAGGUGAAGAUUUGCGCAAAGCGUUAAGCCUUGUUAAAGAAAUCUUAGCGGAUGUGGACGCUUGUGUAGCCGAUAAGGAAAGAGAAGAUAGGAAGCUAGAGAUCUAUAAUAAGAUCGAUGCAAAAUCAUUUGCAACAUAUCGUAACGUUAAAUUCAAAAAGUCAGAUAUCAUGGCAUUUAAUAGAGUACUGAAAUUCGAAGGUACUGCGUACUUAAUGCAAGGCCGUGGAAAAAUGACUGCCAUUGUAGUAGUUGUUCUGUCUGAUAUAUUAUUUUUCUUGGCCGAGAGGGAUCAGAAGUAUGCCUUUUUUGUGCCUGACAAUAAGGCCGGUAUAGUGUCGCUUCAGAAACUGCUGGUGCGUGAGAAGGCUGGUCAAGAAUCUAGAGGAAUCUAUUUAAUAAGUAGCAAUCCAGCUGAACCAGAGAUGUUUGAGUUAAAAAUUCAAAAGCCCAAAGAUAAACAGUUAUGGAUACAAGCGAUCAGAUCAGCGGUCGAAGCUUGUCCACAAGAAGCCGAUAAUGAAUCUGAUACAAUAACUGAAAAUAAUAGUAGCAAUGAAUUGAGAGACACCCGUUCUUCUUCUAUAUCAUUACUUUCUGUCGAAGAAAGACAACGCCUAGUUAAAACGAAAGAAACACAUAUCCAGAAAAUAGUUGCUGAGCUACGAAAGAAGGACACCGAGCAAGCACUUUUACUGGAAGAAAAACUUAAUCUGCAAAUGCAGCUUUCGAAUGCCGCAAAUGUGUGGGGAGGGAAUGAAACUAAUGAUACUGAACGAUUAGAAAAGGUUGAUAAAGAAAUUCCGGAUUAUACUAGACUAGUUCACAACGAAGGGACUGAUACUACGCAAUUAUGGAAAGAGGUGGUUAUGGCUGUUCAAGAAGCAACAAGACUUGCUAGCUCAUUAUCGUUUAGUACAGGCGGUGCUACUCUUUCAAGAAGUUUAAGUUCUGCCGGUGAACGGCAUAGCGAAGCCUACGUACCAGCUGCUCUCAGUGUACCACGGAGGGCAGAAACAUUUGCUGGUUUUGACCACAACAAAGAGAAAUAUCCAUUACGAGAUUCUGCAGCAGUUCAAUCGGUAAUUUUUCUUCCAAAAGUUGGCGAAUUUGUGAAAGAGACACCAGGGGAUAAGGAAGCUCAAGAUUCCGAAGCGAACAAGGAUCAACAAUGGGCGGCAAUUCGUUUGUCUCAUCACGUUUAUACGCUGCUCUGUCUAAUUAGUAGCCAGAUGACGACAAUCGAUAGUUUACAGGCUCAAUUAGCUGCGUGUAAAGAUGGAAGUAUAAGCAAACCAAAUAAUAGACCUAAUACAAACCGCCAGUUAGAAGAGUUGCGUAACUUGCAAGAUCAAUUAAGCCGAGAGAAAGCAGCGUUCCGUGCUGCUUCCCAGCAAGAACAAAAACAGCUGGAGGAAGAAAGGGCCGAGUUGGCGAGACAACGAGAACAACUCGCGGCAGAAAAGCAGGAUGUAACACAGCAGAGAGACCAAUUAUAUCGGCGACUCGAAGCAUUGGAGAGACAAGGUGUGACAUUGGUUGCAGGCGCGGCGCCAGGAUCCGCGACCAUUCAUCUGUCUCACAUGUCGCAAGGAACGGAUACGAUACAGACACGAAAAUCUCAGCUAGAUGCUAAACGGAUACCAUUAAAUUUAAUUAGCGCUACCAACCAACAAAAAGUGCAAAGCAAUCUUCCUGUGAAACAGCAGUUGCCUUUGAAACUUGCUAGUGGAAGUAACAAUAAUACUAGGAGCGGAGGCACAAGUAAUAAUAGUCCUGAUCGACAUUCACGAACCGGUAGUAGCCCGGCAAUCGUGAGUAGCUCAACGUAUUCUUCCCCGGAACUAGGUAACAAUAACGCUAGCACCAGUCAAAUUCACUCUUCGAAUCGUUCUCUACGAAUCACGCGAUCUCCUCCGGAGUAUCCUCAUUAUCAACAACAGCCACAACAACCACCACCACCACCACAACAGCAACAACAGCAUCAACGAACUGAACAGCAACAACCGUUGGAGGAGGAGGUAAUUUUUUUCUGACGACUCCUUCGUUUUGGUCGAAAGCAUUCUCGAUCCUCUCGCCCUACAACCGGCGAAGCUACCCCAACGUCUCAACUAACUCCUUCUCGGAAUCAAUCAAAAGAUGCUCAACCUAGAAGCCGUGUCAAAUCAUUUUGACUUUCAACAUUCACGCGGUAAUAACUUUGAAUUACCCAUUUUGAAUAUUCUUCCGUAGUAUUUCGUCGUUGGUUUCAAUAUUUCUCAUCGAUCAUUCUAUGUUCACUUGUCACUUUUCUCCUUAUCUGUUCCAUUUUCUCUUUCAUCUUUUGUUUUUGUCUUCCUUGCUCAGUGAUAAUUUUUAUGGUGUUGUACAUUAAAAAUGCAACAUGGUACAUUAAUAAUGCAUUUAACGUAUCUAUAAAAUCGCGUGACUGUCAAUGAGAAAAAAAAAAGAACAUACAUACGUAUUAUUCUGAAUAAAUCGAUAAAAAGGAUCGUUACUUUUCAACUGCUAUUGAAGGCAAUAAUAUAAUUUUUAUGCAAAGUCUCACGAAACCUACCGUAGAAAAAGAGAAUAAAUGUAACAUAUAUGGACAAAUAAAAUGAUAACGAUUAGUAGUCACAACUAUUUGGGAGAACAAAAAAAAAUAAAAGUAUUAAGAAAGCCGGCUUGGUGAGGUAGUUCAGCCGAUCUUGUUGAAUUCUUGCUCGUUAUGUUAUUAAGCCGACUGACAAUUUUAGAGACAUGAUUUUAGAUGAAUCUUUUAAACAAAUCUGUUGCUGCUUGCUGAAAAACGCAAGGUUAGAGAAUUAGAUUAUAUUAGGAGUGCAUAUAUACAUGAACGUGUAUAUAUACUUUUUCAUGGACAUAUGUAUGGUGAAGUCACAUGUACGUAUGCUGGGUUCAAAACUGUGCGAAAGUAUGUAAUGCGUGCAUAUGAAUAAAAUUCAUGAACACAUGCAUACGUGUACAACUCCAUUUUACCAAGAAUGUACACAUAUGCACCUAUACUUGUGUGUACGCACGUAUAUGAAAGAAUAUGUGAGUGAUCGCGGUAGUUAUUCAUACAUCAUAACUUUAAAAGUAUUUUAAUAUGUGCUAAAGCGACGGAUAAGAUAAAUUAUUAUCGGUAACGAAUCGCUGUUAUAUGUGUGCCAAGCCACAGUUAAAAAUCGUUAAUUUUUCGGUAUCAUUAUCGCAUAUCAUUUGUUCGACAAUACAAUCGUCCUCCCUCAAUUUAAGUUGGACAAACAUGGAUCAACAUAACAUUUUCUAUUUAAUAUUUUUAAUUCGAGAUUUUCCACUGCCAUUAUUGUUAAUCUGACCCUUUUCUCUUUUCGACUGUUUACAAUUUAUUUUAUUUAUUGCAUCGCGUAUAUUUUCGAUUAUCUGAAGUAUUUUAUUUAUAAGAUUUUUUUUAAAUAAUGACCGUUUUCAAGUAUUUGCGAAUCUGGAACCCAUUUCAGAGAAAGUAAUAUACAAACUAUAUGAUCAUACUGCACGUUUGAAGUGUUAUACUUACGACUUCUCAUUUAUUAAUCGUUAAGGCGAAAAAUUAUAUUUAAAAUUGAAAUCCGUAAGGAUGACAAAGACGAAGUAAGAAAUUAUCUUCGAAGACAUGACCCUAGAACGUAGAUCGUUAUAAUGAAAUCAGAAUUUUGUUUUGAUACAUAUAUAAAUAUUAUAUACAUAUAGAUAGCGUAUAUAUGCUUGCCUCAGAAGAUGCUGUAGCGUGCAAUAUGAUCGAAUGGAGGACAGCGUCGUAGAGGCAUGAUAAUGAUGAAACAUGUGACUAAUUAAUUUAACAUCAUAGGGCAACAUAAAGCAACAGUAUCGACUUGUCUCAAUCAAUCAUGGUGACAAUAGUUCUUCAAAGUAUUUCUGUAAGAUGUAAAGUGUGAGAAAAACAAACAUAACGAGUUUUUACAAGUCUACUACUAAAAAGUCUCAGCAUGUAUCAGAACAUAAAUAAUAUUGUAUCGAUCUGUUAACAGCCUUUAUAGAUGAGUGUUCGACUUCAUUUCAAGAACACUAAAUACAAAUUAUAAACUGUUCUUAGUGUUAUAAUGUUCGUGAUAAAGGAACCGUUGAAACACACGUGAAAAGUAAGAUCUAACACUGAAAUGUAAUUCCAAAGAAAUCAUUCCAGAUAUGUAUGUACGCGCGCACUUACACAUAUGCAUUGACAAAAGGCAAAUGUAUUCUUUACAUAUGUUAAGAGCAUUCCGCUAUGUCAGAUAUAACUCGAUGUGACUAAAACUCGUUGUUAUUAAAUAUUCUCCUUGUACAAUGAAGUCGUACACCAUCUUUUGGGUGACACAAAAAAAAAAUCAAAUUGGAUUAACAACUUAAAAAGUAGUGCGGCGGCCUACGUGCAUCUCGUGACAUCUAAAAAAAAAAAUUCGAUGUCAUACGAUUGCAUAAGUUUAAGAGAGGAUAUAAAGAAUUAUUAGCAACGCGGUUUUCCACGUUUUAGUGAAUCUUUACGUCCCUGAUGCUCAUGGGAAGUAUUUUUGUACGUUUACUCUGUACCUACUAUUUUACUCUAAAGCUAUAUCUACUGUUAUCAUUGUGAUACUCGCUACUGCGAUCGUCUUUGGAAACGUUAAUAUAAAAUUAUAAUAAUCUAAUAAAAUGAACGCGUAUCUAUUUUAAGACACGCUCGCUCGAUGCAUUAGUAUUAAUUCUCUUAGACUUGAUCAAUUUUAAACUACAAACCGAUUCGUCGGUUGCAACCUAAUAAUAAUUGUUAUUAUUGUGUUACUCGCUUGAUUACUUCAUCAAGAUUACCAUUUACUAACACAAUAUGCUAAAUACGUCUAUUUUAUGACAAAUACAAGUUAUAAGCUCCUAUUUUACUAAAUCCAUAUACUGCAAAAUGAAAUGAUUUUUCUGUAAGGCGAUCCAUCAACAUUAAUCUGUUACUUGGCAAGAGUAAACAAAUAUUUACGAUAUUUUUCUUCCUCCAACUUUAUACAUCUAUGUAUACAUAUACAUAUUUAUAUUUGUAUAUGUAUACCUAUAGAUAUAUGCAUGCGUAUAUACAGUGUAUAUUAUAUAUGUUAUAUAUAAUGUACACGCACUCAUAAACACUGGUAUGUGAUUUACAUUCCUUAACGUUUAUAUACACAUGUUUUGCUGCAUUUUCGAUCGAUAAAAGAAUCGCUGUUAAAUCAUUAGCCGCAUAAAGAAAUAAUAUCUAUUUAUUAUAAAUGUACAUACAACCGUUAUUGUAAUAAAGAAGAACGUGAGAGAAAUGUACGAUUAUGUUAAUGUUA